UUGUUCCCUUCCAACGCACCAAACGCGCCCUAACACCCCCCAUCCCACAAAUGGCUUUUGCCAAGAAAACACUCUUCCUACUGCUAACUUCUCUUGCCAUAACUCACAUAACCCUAGCCGGCGACCCUGACAUCCUCACCGACUUUGUUCUCCCACCGAACUCACCACCCGUCGACGGCAACUUCUUCACCUUCACCGGCUUCCGCUACCUAGUCUCCGCUCCAAUCCCGCCGAAGUUUACGGCCGUCAAGGCAACAACGGAACAGUUCCCAGCCCUCAUAGGCCAGAGCGUUUCCUAUGCAGUCCUCAUAUACCCUGGCGGGUCAGUGAACCCGGUCCACACCCACCCCCGGUCCGCCGAGCUCCUGUUUCUGACACAGGGCACGUUGGAGGUGGGAUUCGUGGACACCAAAAACACGCUUUACACACAGACGCUCCAACCAGGCGACGUAUUUGUGUUCCCGAAAGGGUUGGUGCACUUUCAGUACAAUGCUGACACCAAGAAUCCGGCUGUGGCGAUUUCGGGGUUUGGAAGUGCUAAUGCAGGAACUGUAUCGUUGCCCAACAGUUUGUUCAACUCCAGCAUUGAUGAUAGUGUCUUGGCUUUGUCUUUCAAGACUGAUGUUGCUACUAUUCAGAAGCUGAAGGCUGGGCUUAAGGGGUAGAGGAGUAGAGAUGAUCAGUAGUGUUUUGUGGAGGGUUGAUUUGGGUGAUGGAAUAAUUUAUCCUUUUUUGUUUGGAGCAGGUCAUGAUUAAUAAGUUUGGAUGUCUUAAAUUGUCAUGAGUGGAGUCUUUUUAUGUGCACCUGUUCACAUAUAUAUCUUUGU